GCCCGCGACGCUUUUGGUCCCUCUGCAGGCGCCGUAGGGGCCGGCCUGGUGCCCGCAGCCCCGCGUGCCCGCAGCCCCGCGUGCCGGCCGGUUGCCCGCCGCCGCCAUGGAUUACCGGGCGGUGGCGAUGAGCCAGGCCGUGCCCGGGCAGUUUGACGAUGCGGAGUGCUCCGACGGUGAAUUUACGCAAGAUACAGAAACAGUUAAGGAAGGUGAGGUCAAUGAGAACUGCCAGCCAUGCGUGUGUGAAGCAGUUAAUGCUGAGGAAGAAGAUGGUGAUGAUGACAACGAUGAUGAUGAUGAUGGUGAAGACUGGGACUGGGAUGAUGAGGUGGGAAGACUCAUGAAGCACCACAGUGCUGCUGGUGGAUGCAAUCCACAGGCAAAUAGACAGAACCCUAGUUGCUAUUCAGCAAAAAUGUCUACCCCUACAGACAAGGCUUUAAGGAAGUUUGAACAUAAAAUUAAUUUAGAUAAGCUGAAUUUUGAUGACUCUGUUAUAAACCGAGUCACAGAAAAGUCUAGACAGAAGGAAGCAGACAUGUACCGUGUCAAAGAUAAGUCAGAUAGAGCAACAGUAGAACAGGUGUUGGAUCCAAGGACACGAAUGAUUCUGUUCAAGAUGCUAACUAGAGGUGUCAUAUCAGAAAUCAAUGGCUGCAUCAGCACAGGGAAGGAAGCUAAUGUAUAUCAUGCCAGUACUGCAAAUGGAGAGAACAGAGCAAUAAAGAUUUACAAAACCUCUAUUCUGAUGUUUAAAGAUCGGGAUAAGUAUGUGAGUGGUGAAUUCAGAUUUCGUCAUGGAUAUUGCAAAGGCAACCCAAGAAAAAUGGUGAAGACAUGGGCUGAAAAAGAAAUGAGGAAUUUAAUAAGGUUGAAUACAGCCCAGAUACCUUGCCCAGAGCCAAUUAUGCUAAGAAGUCAUGUGCUUGUCAUGGGCUUUAUUGGUAAAGGUGAUAGGCCUGCUCCUCUGUUGAAGAAUGCUCAGUUAUCUGACUCCAAAGUCCGGGAGCUGUAUCUGCAAAUCAUCCAGUACAUGAGGAGAAUGUACCAAGAUGCCAGACUUGUUCAUGCAGAUCUCAGUGAAUUUAAUAUGCUGUACCACAGUGGGGACGUGUACAUCAUUGAUGUGUCUCAGGCAGUGGAGCAUGACCACCCGCAUGCACUGGAGUUCCUGCGAAAAGAUUGUGCCAACAUUAAUGACUUUUUCAAGAAGCACAAUGUUGCAGUGAUGACUGUGAGGGAGUUGUUUGAGUUCAUUACUGAUCCUUCUAUCACAAGUGAGAACAUUGAUGACUAUCUGUCUAAGGCAAUGGAAAUAGCAUCGAAAAGAACAGAGGAGGAAAGAUCCAGUCAAGAUAAAGUGGAUGAGGAAGUGUUUAAGAAGGCUUACAUACCUCGAACUUUGACUGACGUUAAAAACUAUGAGAGAGAUGUGGAUAUAAUGAUGAAAUUGAAAGAAGAGGAUAUGGCAUUGAACGUACAGCAAGAUAAUAUUCUCUACCAAACUGUGACAGGACUGAAGAAGGAUUUGUCUGGUGUUCAGAAGAUUCCUGCACUUCUUGAAAAGAAGGCAGAUGAGUCAGAAACAGACUCUGAGGAUGAUGAUGAUGAUGGCAGCUCAGAGGACUCUGAUUCAGGCUGUAAAGAAUCUGUACAUCCCAAAGAUAAACCUGCCGAAGUUAGCAUGGACAAAAAGGAAAGGAAAAAGAUGGUUAAAGAAGCCCAAAGAGAGAAGAGAAAAACCAAAAUCCCAAAGCAUGUGAAGAAGCGGAAAGAAAAGACUGCAAAAAUGAAGAAGGGCAAAUAAAAUCAGCUUUGGCUUGGGGAAAGGGAUGGGUUGUUGUGGGUUAUUUAGUAAUCUUUUGUUUCUUUUUCUAAAAUUAAAAAUCCUUUAUUUAUAUACAUACAGUA